UUCUUAAGAAUAAUAUGUUAUGUGUUCUUUGGAAGAGUACAUGCAUUGUGACGAUAUUGUAGUGUCAAAAUGGUCUUAAAAUGCCAAUAAUAUUGUGUAUGGCAAUGCAUUUUGGUGCUAUAUAUCGUACCACAAAAAUUAGAUAUGAUGACAGGCCUAGUUGAUCUUUAUGAACGUGUUUUGAUUGUGCAUGUGUAAUAUAAAUGUGAAUUAUAGAUUUUCCUCUUGAAAACAUUCUUACCUCUCUUUGGCUGUAGGUCUGACUCCAGAUGAACACUGUAUCUUACCCCCCAUUCACACGGGGCAUCAGCGUCAACGCUUCCCCAUCACUUUAAAUGGGUGAUGUCAGGCGUUGCCGAACUGCAUUGUGGAUCCAUUGUCGCCGCUUUAGAGGCGUUGCUCGCUGUAGAAGUUGGGACUUGCUCAACUUUUUAAGCGCCAACGGAAGCGUCAGCCAAUCAGAUCGCUGUAUGCAAAUACACCAGCUAGACAGUGGCCUUUUGGUGACUGAAUUUCAUUGGCUGACGCUGCUAUGACGAUCGCUUCAGCCCCAACUUCAGACAUGUCUUCAGUCAAGCGUUAAAGCUGAAGCCCCGUGUGAAUGGGUUAUCGGGGCCGCUUAGGUUGCCUCUAUGGAUGCGCCAAUGUCCUGACAUUUAAUCUUACCCAUCAGGUUAUGCUACCAGUUAAUAAUUAGAUGGUUUUGAGGUUGGGGUUAGGUAUUAGGUAGGUUAGGGAGAUAUUACAGCUUCAUAUCACACUACUCCACAUUAAAAUUUACACUGGUAGUGAAAUCUGCAUAUUGCGUCAUCAAAAUGUGCUGCCUACUUUUUGAAUUGGGGGUUAGGUCAAUCUGACAGGGUAGGCCAAAUCGACAGAACACCAGCCCUGUUCAUGUCCCUUCAAAGAUCAGAAUAACAUGAGAAUUUGAUGAUCAAUAUUUGUUUAUUGUUAAUGUCAACUUAGAAAAGUUCAACAGAAUAGCCUUUUGGGUUUUGUAAGAAAUGCAGAAUUCAGAAUCUAAUGCUGACUAUCAUGUGCCCUCUGUCAGUCCCUGCCCACUCUAGGUGGCGCUGAUGCUGUAAAACUGUUUACAACCGUCACUAAACCUCCAGAAGAAGAGCCAGCAGCAGUAGCAGUAGCUUCGGUGUGUUUCUGCUCAACAUUCUGCUCAUUAACAGAGUAAAACAGCAGAUAUUAAACUCAAACUGACUCUGGAUCUGUUCAGUAAACACGCAUCUACUGUCCAGCUGGAAAGAGCGCGAAUCCAGUCAGAAAGAGCGCGAAUAUUCCUGCCCUGCUGAAGGCGACGGACACUCUUUUCCUCUCAGCGCCAAAUAAGUGUGUUUAGUUAUUAAAUGAUGUCUUCAACACACACUGCUGUCAAGACUGAGUUUAUAAAAGAGGAGAGCGAAGAAGUGCGGAUUCCUGAGCCGUGUGGAGAUGAAGAAGAAGAAGCCUUAACCCUGAAGAAGGAAGAGCCGGAGGAACACACAGAUCAGAUCGAGGUGAAGGAGGAAGCUCAGAUGGAGGAAAGCGAAGAGCUGAGCGAUGACGAGGAUCUCGGGGAUUAUGAGCCGCCUCAGUUCUUGAGCUGCUCAAAGAUCGUGAGCAGAUUUUCACAACUACGAGUUCAGAAAGGAAAAGGCUUUUUCUUCUCCUGCCUCGAGUGCCAGAUGAGCUUCGAGACCAAGGAGCAUCUGAUGGAGCACUUCAGGGUCCACACUGGAGAAAGCUCCUCGCAGACGCACACCAGCACCGUGCAGAAACAGCCGAUGUUCUGCCAUCAGUGCUUCAGGAAGUUCUCCUGUAGGAAACAUCUGCUGGAGCACUACAGAAUACACAAGGUGGAGAAGCCGUUCUCCUGUGAGCAAUGCGGGAAGAGCUUCGCUUAUAAACAAAGCCUGAACAAUCACACCAAGCAGCACAGCGACUGCAGGCGCCACGUGUGCCAGGACUGCGGAGCGGGUUUCUCUAGUAAAGACAGUCUUACUGAUCACAUGAGGAUCCACGAGAUCAAGAAGCCGUUCCGCUGUGAUGAGUGCGGCAAGAGCUACACCUAUAAAUACAGCCUGAGGUACCAUCAGAAGGUCCACCGCCCCCCCAAGUCGUUUGUGUGCCAGCAGUGCGGACGCAGUUAUUCGGAUAAAGACAGUCUGACAGGACACAUGUGGAGCCACACCGGAGUCAAAGCGUUCCGCUGUCAGAGAUGCGGGAAAAGCUUCACAAUAAAGUCCAGUCUUGAUCAGCACAUGAAGAUCCACAGCGACCUCAAGCCCAUCUCCUGGUUCUCCUCAUAGAUCAGAGCUUCUCAAAUAUAUAUAUACACACACACAGAUGAAGUCUGAAUUAUUAACCCUCCUGUUAAAUUUGAAUUAUUUUAGAAUUUAUCCCCAAUUUCUGCUUAACAGAGAGAU